AUUAAUUGGGCAAUGUCCACGCAAAGGGUUUUCAAAGCUGAGGUGUCCAGUCAGAAAUUCCUCACAAUGGUAUGCAAGAAUGCAGAUUGUCCCGCAAGGGUGCACGGCUUUCUCCCUAAGUAUGGCACAAGUUGGGUGAUAAGUGACUUAGUUAAUCACACUUGUCUUAUUCCCUGCAUCCCUCAAGAUCAUGCCAACCUUUCAUCCACGCUUAUUGCUCGACUGUUUUACGAUGAGAUAGUGCAAGGCAAAGCUAUGGAAUGUCGGGAUUGUGGUUGCUGAAUGGGGACAUUGAUAAGGGUCAUCGUGGUGCGAUAUGGUAUGAGCGCAAGCUUGAGCCUCUCGUCACUCGCACUCCUAAGGAAAACUGGAAGAUACACUCAGGAUGGCUUCAGCGGUUGAAAUGGGCCGGCCUUUUACCUUUCGCGCGUCUCGUUGAGUCUAUCCCGGGUGAGAAACGCGUCGCCAUCGAUGGGUCUUUGCUGAGCUGCUUAGUGGACCGUUGGAGGCCAGAGACCCACACGUUUCACUUCAGAUGGGGAGAGAUGGCUCCUACUCUGGAGGAUGUGUCACUUUUGCUGGGACUACCGUUGGCAGGUCAUGCCGUAGGACCGUUGGACGCACCGGCUGGUUGGGAGCGAGCUCUCACAGAACGUUUUCACGGUGUUUUUCCGGAUGCUCCCGAUCCGGUAUGGGAGCAUCACGGACCUAAGUAUGAGUGGUUGCUAAAUUUCCGGAUCCAGAACUUCCGGGCGCCUUUGACUGCGGAACAGAUCACUCGGAGCCUCGAGGCCUACUUACUGUGGCUUUUCGGCAAGGUGAUGUUCACGGAGAACCAUGUCACCACUAUCAGCGCCCUCUACAUCCCUAUGGCACUCGAGAUAGCGAGCGCUCAGACGGCGGAUCAGAUCAGACAGAGGAGUUGGGGUUCGGCGGUGUUAGCGGCUACAUACCGAGGUAUGUGCAACGGUUGCCAGCUUACAUCGAGAAAGCCAGCCCUUCUUGGAUGCCCUCUAUUCCUACAGCUGUGGUCGUGGGAGAGGUUCUCUAUAGGGCGACCAGAUGUACGGGUUCAUGAGCCUAUAGACGCCAUGUUUGAUGUUGAGGGCAUCGACAUGCCUACUUUCGGUCUGUGUUGGACUCGUCGCAAGAGACGCUUUGCUAGUGAUCAGACCAGGAAGGCGUACACAGCAUUGAACGAGCAGUUCGAUGCGUACACCGGGGUAAUCUGGCAGCCCUACACGGCAGCAGCCAUACAAGCGAGAUACCCUGCUGGUAUGUCUGUGCUAUGCACAAGGGACCGAGAUUACUGGAUGACAAAAUCGAAGAUCAUCUUCGAUGUCUUCGUCGAGGAGAUGGCACAACAGAGGGUUAUGAGGCAAUUUGGUCUUCUGCAGUUGGAGCUACCUCCCCCUAUAGAGAACCCGGUGCCAGCACACAUCCACAGGCUACCUUGACACGCGAACUGUACGACGACGUGACCACCUUUGGACGAUCACUAUCGUCUGGACCUCUUCUUCAACAUCGUCCAGUGGUACAACCCUUCUUGGAAAGAAUUCAGAAUAAGAUACGGACUGUGUACGAGGCUAUCACGUGCACCCGGAGAACCGAUGUUGUUCAGCAUGAGCAGGAGCAGC